AUGGAGGCGUUACAGUCUGAAGUUUUAUGUGGUAUCUGCAACAUUCCGAUACCGCUAAAUGCCCCCAAUAAGCCAUACUACCCUAAUGUUGGGGCAAGAGUGGUUCAGCUCUAUUACAAGAUUGUGGAGGAUGAGCAGCUUAAUUCUCCUCCAGCCUGGGAGGUGACCUAUCGACCUAAGAACCCUUCCCAAGACCGCGAAGAUCUUCACAGAGGGGUUGGGGUGUACAUAUACCCAUGGGAUAUUUUAUCAGCGGAGGCGCAUGUCUUUCAUGGUAGCUCAGAGCUACCGCUGGCAUGGAGGAAUGAAAGCUUUCCGCUACCUGAUUGA